AGAAAACAUCAUGAUUUAAUAUUUUUUAUUUAUUAUUAUAAUACAUACUCCAUUUAUCAUCGUCCUAAAUAUUUUUAAUCCGACUAAUUUGUGUCACCAACGUUUGCACUAGACAUGAAUCAUUUAGGUUACAGUUUAAUAUUAUUAACAACGCUCGUAUCGUUAAUAUCAGCUGCAACAAUAAUAAACCAACACCCGAAUUGUCACUGUCAUCACGGGUACUUGCCCAAAACCAAUCAAAAGGAUAUGAAGCAGUACUGCCAUGGAAUUUUGCACGACGGGAGACGAGCCUGCGUGAAUUUGGAAAGGCCUCGAUGUAAAUGCACCUUGUCGCAGGGAUUCAUAGUGCAGGAUUUGUACGGUUAUUGGUGCGUGAAAGUUAAGCCGGGUUACGCCGAAGAAAUUAGGUGGGACUGCGAGAAUAAGAGAGAUUGGGACGAGUUUUUCGCGAGUUAUCCUGAUGAGAAACCGGUGCCUAAUAGUGAUUUAUAGAGAUUUUAGUGUAAACAUUUUUAUGGAAGUUUUAAUAGGUAGACGAUUGAAUAUUUCUGUAUUGUAAUGUAAAUAUGUUAAAUAAGUAAACAAAUUUUAAUUAAAUUCAAAAUUUUAUGCUCAAAUAUUACAAUUUUAAUUAGUGCCUGCAGGUUAGUUAUUUAACAAUAAUUGAAU